AUGGACGUUAUUCUAGAUGUUCUCGACACAUUUGUGCUCGAUCGGUUCUACGCCUGGGCCCUUCCUGGUACUGCAGGCCAAGAAGGGGUCGCCAAUCCUCUUUUAAAUCAACAUAUCAAUCUCUAUUAUCUUUUACAACCGUCCAAAUGGGCAGAGGCGAGCCAAUGGAAGCGUGAUAAUAUGGCUAGACAGUCACUGACGUUGUUUCUGCUUUCAUGGGCAUUUGCAACAUUUCUCUACCUUGGUGGUAGCUACAUCAUGUACCACACGUUAUUCGACAAAAAGCUAGAGCGUCACCCGCGGUUUUUGAAAAACCAGAUUCAGAUGGAGCUCAAACACGCCUUGACAUCAAUUCCUGUCAUGUCCGCUCUCACGGUCCCUUUCUUCCUCGCCGAAGUCCGGGGAUGGUCCAAGCUGUAUGACUUUGCUAGCGAAGCUCCAUUUUCUCUAUGGACACUGCUUCAAUACCCGUGCUUUAUUCUAUUCACCGAUAGCGGCAUUUACUGGAUCCAUCGAUGGGAACACCACCCUCGCCUCUACCGUUGGUUGCAUAAGCCUCACCACAAAUGGGUUGUUCCCACGCCUUUCGCCAGUUAUGCUUUCCACCCGCUUGACGGCUGGGCUCAAAGUCUGCCUUAUCACGUCUUCCCAUUCAUCUUUCCGUUGCAGAAGGUGGCUUAUUUGGGAUUGUUCAUGUUUGUCACGAUGUGGACAGUCUUGAUUCACGACGCCGAGUACGUGACUUGGUCGAAGGUUAUCAACGACGCUUCUUGCCACACUAUGCACCAUCUAUAUUUCAACUAUAACUACGGCCAAUAUCUCACAUUGUGGGAUCGUUUGGGCGGCACAUACCGCAAGCCAAAGGGUGAUAGCUUUAUGGAAAGUCAUGGAGCGGCCUACAUGGACAGCCAUGGGCCAAUGAAGAUCGUCGGUAAAUCGGAGUAA